UUAGACAAAAACCAUUCACUAUUAUCCUACAGCUUCUUACUUUGGAUUCAUAUUGAUCUCCAACACAAUGAUCAAUCUGUUUCUAUCCCCGACAAAAUCUACGUUCCAUGUAAUCAUAUCUAUGCUCUUUGUGAUACCUUCUUGUGUUUUCUCAGCUAAUGAGCUUCACGACCGCUGCAGUCAACCGUUUAACUGCGGCAAUCAAAACGGUCUCCGGUACCCUUUCUGGACAUCUGGCAGAGAAGACUGUGGCCACCCUGAUUUCAAAGUAGACUGUAGUGGUGAAUUCGCAGAGGUAAGUAUAACCUCCGUGAAGUAUAGAAUAUUAGAGGCGAACUAUGACUCUGGUAUCAUAAGACUGGCAAGGUCGGAUUUUAUUGGCGAUCUUUGUCCUAAAGAUUCUUUAAAUGCGACGUUCAACGAAAGUGUUCUUCCACUUGCUCCUAACACUAAGCUUCUAACAAUCUAUCACAACUGCAGCCGAGCAUUUCCACAGUAUGUUUCUACUUUUGUUGGAGAUCUUCCUUGUGGAGAUGGUGAUGGUGAUGAUGAUGACACAAUAAGUUACUAUGUGACAACAAACCUCUCGUCCCCUCUACUUGACGGGAUUAGAGGUCAAUUAGACGACUUCCGGUCAUCUUGCAAAAGCGUAAGUAUUCCUGCAUCAGGGCCUUGGCUGGAGACACUGCAGAGGAAUCGGACUCCAGAUAAUCUGCAGAAAGCUCUUGCAGAGGGUUUCCAGGUUGGACUUAACCAAGAUUGUUCGUCGUGCUCAGCCUCUGAGGGUGCUUGUGGAUUUAAUCAAAACUCAAGUGGAUUUGUCUGCUAUAGUUUAGAAGGGGCCAAUAACCGUGCUAGAAAAAAGGAUCGAACUGUUGAUGUAGGCCUCUCUUCUGGAACAAUAGCAGGUUUAGCAGCUGGUGUUAUUCUGUUUCUGUUCCUGGUUUUAGCAUUGUUUCUCCAACUUAUCCGAAAGAGAAACAAAAAGGCAUUUAUUUCACAGCCAAAACUCAAAGCACUUAUUCCACUAAAGCAGUAUAGUUACGCACAAGUAAAACGAAUCACAAAGUCAUUCGCAGAAGUGGUUGGUAGAGGAGGGUUCGGUACUGUCUACAGAGGGACUCUUCCUGAUGGCCGCAAGGUUGCAGUGAAGGUUUUGAAAGACUCAAAGGGUUACAGUGGUGAAGAUUUCAUAAAUGAAGUUGCAAGCAUCAGCCAAACUUCUCAUAUCAACAUUGUUACCCUGCUAGGAUUCUGCUAUGAAGGGUCAAAGAGAGCAAUUCUUUAUGAAUUCUUGGAAAAUGGGUCUCUUGAUAAGCUCAUCUCAAGCAAAAGGCCAUCAAAUAUGGAUUGUAGGGACUUGUAUGGGAUUGCGCUAGGCGUUGCUCGUGGUUUAGAGUACUUGCACCAUGGAUGCAGAACAAGGAUUGUACAUUUUGACAUAAAGCCACAGAAUGUCCUCUUAGAUCACAAUCUUUGCCCCAAAGUUUCUGACUUUGGUCUUGCUAAGCUCUGUGAGAAGAAGGAAAGCAUCUUGUCGUUGCUAGACACAAGAGGUACAAUAGGGUACAUUGCACCUGAAUUGUUUUCAAGAAUGUACGGUGGAGUCUCGCACAAGUCAGAUGUGUAUAGCUACGGAAUGUUGGUCCUUGAGAUGAUAGGAGCAAGGAACAAAGACAGAAAUGAUCAAGAAGUUGGUCAUAGCACAAGUUCAAUGUACUUUCCUGAAUGGAUAUAUAAGGAUCUUGAGAUGAGAGGCAGUGGGAGUCUUACGGAAAACGAAAUCAGCGGAGAAGAAGAGGAGAUGGUGAGAAAGAUGACAUUGGUGGGUCUGUGGUGUAUUCAGUCUUCCCCAUCUGAUCGUCCACCGAUGAACAGAGUAGUAGAGAUGAUGGAAGGAAGUGUGGGCGCUCUUGAAGUUCCUCCUAGGCCUGUUUUCCAAAUUCCAGCACAGCCGUUUCAAGAAUCUUCUACACUCUCAGAGAAUAUUUCAGUUUACACAGAAGUUUGUUCCAUAAAUGUUGCAUAAAAGAAUGAAACCUUCUUGUUGGAAAACAAGAAAUUACAUUUACCAUCUGUCUUCCACAUGUCUACUUUCCAUGUUGAU